GGGAAGGAACUGGAAAGAUAUACACUAACCAGCCUCUCUUCUGCUUCAUUUCCAACUCUCAAUCCCCAUCCAGCGCAGAAUGGCUAGCACGGCGAUAUCACGAGCAUUGGCUCGCUCGACCUCAACAGCGAAACCAAGCGCAACCGUCACCAUCCCCCGCAGACAAUUGUCACAAUUGUCACGUCGCAGCAUUGGCUCCACGCCGUCACCAUCAUUAUCACCGUCGCCGUCCUCCAGAGCAGCGGCGGCAGCAGCCUUAACCCACCGACAACAAAGACGACAUGCCUCGUCCAAGCACCCCAAGGGCUUUGAGCCGCCCUCACCGAGCGACCUUGCCGAACUGCGCGAGCGCGUGCAAGAGUUCACCCGGCGCGAGCUGACCGAGGAGGUGGCCGCGGCGACAGACAAGAGCAACAACUUCCCGGCCGGCAUGUGGGCCAAGUUGGGCGACGCGGGACUCCUGGGAAUCACGGCCGACGAGGAGGUGGGCGGGUUGGGGAUGGGCUACCAGGCGCACUGCGUGGUCAUGGAGGAGCUGUCGCGGGCGAGCGGGUCCGUCGCGCUGAGCUACGCGGCCCACUCGCAGCUGUGCGUCAACCAGCUGCAGCUCAACGGCUCCGACGACCAGAAGCACCGGUACCUGCCGGACCUGAUUGCGGGGCGCAAAGUCGGCGCCCUGGCCAUGUCCGAGUCCGGCUCGGGGAGCGACGUGGUCAGCAUGCGCACCACCGCCUCCCAGGUUUCAGGCGGUUACGUGCUCAACGGCUCCAAGAUGUGGAUCACCAAUGGCCCCGACGCCGACGUCAUCGUCGUCUACGCAAAGACCAUCCCCGACGCCGGGUCCAAGGGCAUCACCGCCUUCAUCGUCGAGAGCUCCACCCCGGGCUUCUCGUGCGCCCGCAAGCUCGACAAGAUGGGCAUGCGCGGCAGCAACACGGGCGAGCUGGUGUUUGAGGACGUCUUCGUGCCCCAAGAGAACGUGCUCGGCGCGCUGCACGGCGGGGUGCGCGUGCUCAUGGAAGGGCUGGACCUGGAGCGGCUGGUGCUGUCGGCGGGGCCGCUGGGGCUGAUGCAGGCGGCGCUGGACGUGGCGCUCCCCUACACCCACACACGGAAGCAGUUCGGGACUCCCGUUGCGCACUUCCAGCUGCUGCAGGGCAAGCUGGCCGACAUGUACACCAAACUGCAGGCGUCGCGUGCCUACACGUACGCGACGGCCCGCGCCGUCGACGAGCAAGGCAUCAUCCGCACCCAGGACUGCGCGGGCGCCAUCCUCUACGCCGCCGAGCGCGCCACCGAGUGCGCCCUUGACUGCAUUCAGGUCCUCGGCGGCAUGGGCUACGUCGAGGAGAUGCCCGCCUCCCGCAUCCUCCGCGACGCAAAGCUCUACGAGAUUGGCGCCGGCACCUCCGAGAUCCGCCGCAUGGUCAUUGGCCGCGCCUUCAACAAGGAGUAUUCCCAUUUGUCAAACUGAGUACCCAGCAUGGUGGUGUAGUACACGUGGUGUCAAACGGGGUAUAGUGGACCGCGGGGCCUAGAAAGGGAUGGGCUGAUGCGCUGCCGUCGAAUCGGAUUGGGUUCCAUUGCAGCAAGGGGGUCGGGCUUUUCCCGUUCCUUGCGAUUGCAGGAUUCGAAUUGGUAGAAUCUGUAAGGGGUGGGAGAAAGAAAGAGAGUACCACAGCGGUUGGAUCGACCGUAAGCAGUCAAUUA